UAUGGGCAUGGCUCGAGAAAUUAAUAAUAUAAAUUAUUUUGAUUGGAUACCAGAACCAAAAGGUUCUGAAAAUCCUUUGAUAAACACAGAACUCGAUAUAAAUAUGUCAAUUGUUGAACAAAUGAAAUUGAAAAAGAAUAAGGCUACUUUUAUUUCUAUUCCUUUUAAAGAACCAUUGGAUUACCAGACUGAGAAGAAUAGCUGUUUACUGAAGAUUAAUUUGCCUACAGGCAUGGCGAAAUUUAAUCAAACGUAUUGUUGUAAAACUUGCAAACUACUAUUUACAUCGUUAUUUUCUUGUCAAUGUCACCUCGUUUUGGAACAUAACGAUAAAGCUAUAAAACAGAAAAUCUUUAAAGAUUUAAGAAAAAUGAAGAAGGAAUGUUUUAAAGAUAAAAAAUAUAGUAUUCUGAAAGUUGGACUAGGUCAACUAGUACAAUGUUCUUUGUGUGAGAGACAAACUUUAUUAGAAAAAAAUUCUCCAAUGCAAAGAAGUCAUGACAAAUUUUAUCAUUCAGUUACGGCAAAAUUAGUUGCGUUCAAUUGUAAAAAGUGCAAGAGAAAAUUCCGAUCAAGUACUUUAGUUAAGAAUCAUACAUGCUCAGUGAUCAAGUUAAGAAGGCACAAAAACGAACGAAAUUUUUGCGCAAGCUGCGAUUUGUCAUUUCCUGAUGCUCGAAGUCUUAGAGUACAUACUAGAAACGUUCACGUAAAAAAGUUAACAGAACAAGCGGAACCUAAACAACCAUUAACGAUGUUUGUCGAUAACAAUAAAGAUUUCAAAGAUCACAAAAGUACUCCUUCAAAGGAUAUGAUAGAAAAUAAAAGGAGACUUUCAAAUUUGGAGAAUGAUUGUCUCAACGAAAUAUUCAACGAUGAAAAUACUCAUCUUCCAAUGCCAAUUAAAAAGCAGAAGAAAUUCCAAACCAAUUCAGGAGUUAUAGAAACCAUUAUCUCAUAA